AUGAAGAUCACUCAAUUCUUAACUAUUCUAUUGGCAAUAAAUUUCUGUGAUCUUGGAGACAGUGGUCAGGAAGUUCUCGAGAGAAAUAAGAGAUUCAUCACAUUCCCCCCGGACAGUGCAACUGGAAUCCUGGUAGCACUGGCUAUCCCUCUGGAACUUCGCAAUAGAGCUGUUUUUGUGUCUUACAACUUUGAAGCUAAUUAUGGAAUGCCUGAAGAGGCUGCUGAUUACAUCCCUGGACCAUUAGAACGCUUAGAAAUAACAGAUCGAGACUUGGGGAGGAAAAAUGAGGAUAAUUCUGUCUUGAUUGAAAGUGACAAUGAAACCCUUUCUACUAUGAAAGAAAAGAGUCCUGAUUCUACUAUAGAGAAAAGAUCAACUCAAGGAUCGCUAUUUACAAGGAAGAAGAUCUAUAAAACUUUAGAGCACUAUCUGCAAUGUCACGGUCACAGAGGAAAAGUCUGCUUUUUGAGAGCAAUUUGUGAAGCAGCUGAGAAUCCUUUUUAUGAACACAAUGGCCUGAUUGGGGAUAUUCUUCACGUCAUCCUAACACCUUCAACUUCCAUCCAGGAAGAUCUCCAUCCCGAAUACUACAAGGCUGAGGAAUUGGGACGCUCUGGAGAUUGCUCAAAGUACAAGAAGCACUGUCCAGAAUGCAUUCUUGAUUAUAUUAGCAAAAUAUUUGAAAAAUGA